UAUUUGGUCAUCUCUUUUAAUAUUUAGAGUAAUUAAUUCUGGUUCCCUCAAACAUGGGUUUGCCUCUUGGCUUCUCAUCUUGUGUUCUGUUUCUCAUGGUGCUCUUCCCUGUUUUAUGUACUUCCCAGGACAACUUUGUAUGCUCAAGGGCAACCUACUUUGGUAGCCCUGAUUGCUUAGGGAACCCACGUGGAGCAUGUGGGUAUGGUGACUAUGGACGAACCGUGAACGAUGGAAACGUAGGAGCCACCUCUACGCUUUGGAGGAGCGGUGCCGGCUGUGGUGCAUGCUACCAGGUUAGGUGCAAGAUCCCAUCAAAGUGCACAGACGAAGGGGUGAACAUAGUGAUCACUGACCAUGGUGCAAGCGAUAAUGCUGACUUCAUCUUAAGCCCUCGUGCCUUCACAAAGAUGGCUCGCCCAAACAUGGCCUUAGAUUUAAUGGCGUAUGGUGAAGUUGACAUCGAAUACAAAAGAAUCCCAUGCCAGUACCCGGGGUACAACCUUAUGGUUAAGGUCCAUGAACAUAGCAAGUUUCCUGAUUACUUGGCCAUAGUUUUCAUAUACCAAGCUGGCCAAUAUGAUAUUGUAGCUGUUGAGAUAUGGCAGGAGGAUUGUCAGCAAUGGAAGCCAAUGAGGAGGGCAUACGGCACAGUCUGGGACACACCAAACCCGCCGAGAGGUGCACUUACAGUGCGGUGCCAAAUGACAGGAGGCGCCGAUGGGCCAAAAUGGGUGCAGAUGACUAAUGUGGUUGCUAGUGAAUGGAAGGCUGGGGUUGCUUAUGACACUGCAGUUCAGCUUACUUAAAAACUACUUUUGGGUUACCACCUA